AUGAGAUUCGAAGUUCUCCACCCACAGCUUGAAGACAUCCCAGGCAAGAAAAAAAGAGGCCUUAAGCGAUUUGACAACCAUAAAAAUCUCAACUCUCCAGAGUUUGCCCUUUCUCACUCACAAGAAAGCAGCCUUUCUCCUCCUAGAAAACUCGAAAUUCGAGACACUUCAAUUCUUGAAACUAAAAGGCUUCAAGAAGAAUUAAAGAAAAAAGAUGAGCAAAUAUUUAAACUAAGAAAACAAAUAGAAAUAAAAAAAGAGUCGCAAGUUCUUAAUAAGCCUAUGCUUGGAAACGCUUUAUCAGUUACAAGGUCUCAAUCCCCAAAAAUCAACUCUAAUACUCGGCAUAGACCAAAGCCUACAAAGCAAGAAAUAAGUAAUGAGUAUGCUGGAAGAAUAUCUCCAAAGUCACAAAGUGAUGAAAUUGGACAAACUUCUCCACGCUCAUACUCUGAGGUACAAAGAUAUGCAUCUUUUGAUGGAAGAAACAUUAAUAACUUAAGCUUCGAUACUUCAACUUAUUUCCCAAAUAGCCAGCUGAAAUAUACAAAGAGACAUCCUUUCCAAAUCCCAGGAUUUGGAUAUCCUACUUCUUUCCGGCCCUUAGAUUUGUAUGCUUUCGCUUAUUGUUCCACAUCUGCAAUAAAAAAAGUUUUAACAAAUAACCCAAUUUUGGGAUAUGUGAUAAAUAGUAGUGCAUAUAGAGAUGGCAGCUUAUCGCCAGAAAGAAGAAAAGGGAUGGCUGAUUAUGGUACAAUGAUGAUGGGAGCGGCAAAAGCUGCGAACCAAUAA